UUUUAGACGAGUCGGUCGUUUCGUUUAGUUGCUCUUCCGAAAAUUGAUACCUGUGGCUAUCGCGUGUGUUACCUGUACCUGUAUUUUGGAUUUACAGUUACUAACGAGUUAUGUGCGCUUGAAUGCCAAAUUUAAUUGCCGCUCUUUGCAUGUUCGCCAGCAGCAGUAAUUUGAAAACGUUUUCGAAAAGCGAGUAAAAACGACUUUCGUUUUCCUCCCCAAACUUUCAUUUUUCCUGCUCGUGUCGGCUUGCCAUUGAAAAAGUGUCAAAACCCAGGUGCUAAAAAGUCAAAAAAAGAAUUCGUCUGAUAUUUACAUAGAGAUUGAGUUGUGAAACGCGUGUGAAUUGUUCAGUUAUUGGAUUAUGGCCAUUAUAGACACCGCCUGGCGCUGUCGCCUCAUGAUCUUCGGCAUCGUCUCCCUGCUGCUGGUGGGCGAUCUGUUCGGAUAUGGCGGUGGCAUGAAGUCCAACCACCCCGAUCCCCACUCGGUGAGGUCGGGAGGCGGCGCGGGGGCGGUGGGUGCCCCAACGGGUCCGGCGGCUGCAGCAGCCAGCAAGUUUCAGCCGAAGAAUGCCGAAAUCGAUAUAGCCGAAGAGCACGAUUUCAAUGAGUUCUCGGCAGCGGCUGAGGCACUGAAGCCGGGAUUGGCUGUGGUCACGGGGGCAAGUCUGAAGACCAAGUCCCAGCUCACCGACACCAUCAAGGAGUCGUGUCUUCCCAAGAUGCUCUGCGAACUGGCCUCCAAACCGGAGUACCAACUCAGCGAAAAGGAACGGGAGCUGCUCCGAUUAAUCAGAUCGCCGACGAUGCCCUGGAUGAUGAACGUGCCGCCGAGCAAAUGGUAUUUUGCAGCUCACAUGGGCGAACUAAUGCGCCACACGGGCGACAAUCUGAGUGGACCGAUGGGAUGCGCCAAUCUGUGGCCAAACUGCCCGAUAAGCUCCAAGAAGCUGAUGAAACUCAGCUACAAAGUGAGGGUCUAGUGAGGCCCGGAUCACUAACCUAAGUAUUAGGUAUAGCCGCCUCAACUUUUGUACCAUAUGUCUUCACCGUUGGAUUAGCCUGUAAAUGACCCUAAAUUUAGAUUUAGAUUAGACCUUAGUCCCGACAUGACUGAAGUGACUGGUAGAACUGUAGCUGUAUCCGCUUGAAUCUUUUGGCUGCGAGUCCUAGGUAGAUCGUAAUUACCUACUAUAUACUAUAUCUAAGUGUGACUAGUCACGAACCGAGUUAGCAUUACGCCUAGUCUAAGUUCGAUGCUCCUGUAAUUGUUAAUAAACGACUCUCUGUUGUGCAUACUCCCUAA